AUGGCCGACGACCUCGACAGCAUCGUCAAGGGCGCCCCAAUUGCCGAGGCCGCUGCCAGCGAUGGCGAUGGCGAUGGCGAUGGCAACGACGAUGGCAAUGCCAAACCCGGCUCCGGCGCAAGCCCCUUCUCGCCCGGCGCUGGCAAGCCUGGCGACCCGCUGCAUCACACGCCCAGCUCCCCUUCCAUGAUCUAUCUCAACCUCUUGAUCCUCGAGGCCUCGAUGCGCGCCCAGUUCCUCGAGCUGCGCGCCCGCAAGCGCCACCACACCUUCUUCCUCGCCAUCCUGACGCUCUGGGUCGCCUUCUUUGGUUACAAGCUGUACUUUGCGCCGCGAGAGGACGGCCGUGGCGUGGGAGGGUCCAUAUACUGGGCGGUCGAAGGCGCGCAAAAGGUGUGCUUCAUGGGUGGCAUCAUCACCGCCGCCCUUGUCUGGGCAACGGGCAUCUGGGAUCGCGGCAUCCGGUGGCCACGCCGCUGGUUCGCCAUCUCCAACCGAGGCCUGCGCGGCUUCAACUGCAAGCUGGUCAUUAUCAGGCAGACGUGGUGGGCCGAGGCGCUGUCGACCAUAGGCUUCUUCCUGACGUACGGCCUCUUUUCGCAUACCGCCAGUUCCUCAUACCGCCUUGUCGAGCCGCAGCUGCUGCGCCAGGUCGAGAAGGAGCUCCAGCUCACAAGCGACAACCAUCCCACGCUAGUCCUCCCCCCCGAUGAUGACGAGCUUGGCGGCCAUGAAGAGGAUUUGGCGCCUGGGGGAGACUACGUCAAACUGCUGCUUCUGCCGAAGCCCUUCUCGCCUACUUUUCGAGAGAACUGGGAGCUUUACCGCACCGAAUACUGGGAGAGGGAGAAUGAGCGUCGGCGGUUGCUUCGGCAAAAGGUCAAGGAGCAUGACCGGAAAGUCGCAAAGGAUCAAUACGGUUGGCUGUGGUGGCUCCCCUGGCGCCAGAAUCCGCAGCCUCGCAUCCGUCGCGAACCUCAAAAGAUGCCCCAUCACCGCCUGGCGAGCGCGGAACGCAAGCGUAGGAACAGCAGCGUGCGCCGCUCCUCGGUGAGCUCCUCGAGAAGCCAGACGCCGUUGGUCUUUGACAGCGAUGGCCAAACGACACCGCGCAAGCAGGCUCCUGCUGCGGAGAAGCGCCGGAAGCCGGGGUCCAUAUCAAAGGUGAAGAGGCCCGGCACCGACUCUCGGUCUGUGACGCCCGAUAUCCCAUCCCGGCUGUCUAGGGAGAGCAGCGUGACGGUUGAUACGGAGACGGACGGCAGCAGCGGGCGGACGCUACGAAGCACGAGCAAAAGAGCCAGCCCAGCGCCUUUGUCGGCUGAUUGA